CCGGCAUGCCGCGACACUGUCGGUGCAGAUCCCAGGGUGCAGUGGGAGCACCAGGAUGGCGGCAGCGACGGUGCGGGUUUACAUUGAGUCGCUCUGGCGGGAACUGGAGGGGUAUCAGGACCCCAACAUGCUCGGGAUCUUCGUGGCCGUAGUGGUGGUGCUGCUGACCGUGGUUUUUUUCCUACUAUUACGGAGCAGAAGGAGCAGUCGCAGAGCAAUUCUUCUGACGGGUUUGUGUGAUUCUGGAAAGACUCUGCUGUGCUGCAGGUUACUCUCAGGGAAGUUUAAGGUGACGCAUACGUCCAUAACCAGUAACUCUGCAUUGUACAAAGCUAAAGGUGACAAGGCCCCUGCAGUUACUUUACACGAUCUCCCUGGUCAUGAGAGUCUGCGUCAUCAGUAUUUGGAGAAACACAAGGGCGACGCCAGAGCUAUUGUCUUUGUAGUGGACAGUGUGUCAUUUCAAAAAGAAGUGAAGGAUGUCGCCAAAUUCCUCUACACGUUGCUAACUGAUGCUGUGAUUGUGAAGAAUGCACCUCCACUUCUGAUAGCUUGUAACAAGCAAGAUGUGACCAUGGCCAAAUCUGCAAAAUUAAUUCAGCAACAACUGGAAAAAGAGCUAAACACUCUGAGAACAAUUCGCUCCGGUGCACCAAAGUCUCUGGAUGGAUCUGGCAUUGUGGGCUCUGUACCCUUGGGAAAGAAGGGAAAAGAUUAUGAUUUCUCUCAGGGACCUAUGAAGAUUGAAUUUGCAGAGUUCAGUGCAAGAGGCAACAAAGGAGAUGAAGGCGAGGCGGACAUUGGCAUUAUAGAGGCAUGGCUUGCUAAAGUAGCAUGAGGUGGUGUAAAAAGGAACGUGACAUGCUGUCUGCGUGAGGACAAUGGAUCCUCAGUUGUUCACAUGUGAAAGUACUGAGAUUGUCCAAGAAUUCAGCGGUCAUAUUUGUGAUACUGAAGGUUUGAAGAAAUGCGGAUAAUGGCUACAUGGUGCUUGCUGUGUCUGCCUGCCUUGAGAUGAUCUGGCUGAUAUUUCCUACAUUGAGGAAUAUUGAUGUAAUCAGUGCUUUUGUAUUGCUUGUUGAAUUGGCAACAUGUCUUGUUCAUUUAUAAGCAAAUAAAGUAAUAGAUAUAAA